GGAAAAUGUACCCACCCAUUUAUCCAUGGGAAUAACUAUCCCAUCCUUCCAUCACCGCGGCAAUGGCCGGUGCUAUUCAUCUCUUCGGGAAGCCCAAUGAUGGCGAGCAAUAUAUCUGCACUCCGGUCCAAAUACUCUGCACAGUGUAUACCUCCCUACCUAACGUAUUCUGGCUGCAGUUAGAUCACAUUGGUUACUUGCUUAUGGAGUUGCUUGGAACGGCAAUCAUAGGCACUCACUCGUCAGAGUCCGGCCGACGCAGCCGGCCAUCUCCUAGUGGUUCCUCCAUUAUCGCUCGACCUCCCUUCCUCUCCGAACACAACCAUUACCACCCGCCACCCCAACCCAACCCACAUUCGUUCCUCGGAUUUCAUUCAUCAUUCCCGACAGACACAUCUCACAAAAAGUCGCCUUUUCCUCUUAAACUCGACUCUCAAAGUCGAAGUCCUCUUUCGGGCUACUCAUCGGCCACUUGCUUAACGGAAAGCGAGCUCUAUUCUCGUGUGUUGCCUUCUUCUUCUCUUUACUCUCUACCUGCUCCAGCCGACAAACCCCUUACAAACCAUUAUUUCCAUCCCCCCAAACCGUAUCCCCCCCCACCCCUCAAGAAUCCCAUGAUACGAUCACCUACUACUACUAUUACUACAAGCACCUAUCUACCUCCUACUUCUUGAUCGUGCGAUUAUUUGCACUCCUUUUCGCUUCCCCCUUUUCUCCCUCCUCUUUCUCCUGUUCUCUUCGUUGGCUCGUCUGGAGCUUCGGUUUUUGGUUGAUCGGUUUUUGACUCAAU